AUGCAAUACAACGUCGAGGUUGGCAAGCCCGCUAACGAGCACGAGACAGCGCCCAGAAGGAACGCGAAGACCAAGGACGGUGCCGUGAUGCGGCCCCUGGGAUCUAAAGCGUCCACGCUGUAUGAGUUCAUCAUGGAAAACACCAAGCGCAGCGCCUCGCGCAAGGCCAUGGGCUGGCGUGAGACCAUUGAAGUGCACGAGGAGACCAAGAAGGUCACCAAGAAGAUCGACGGCAAGGACCAGCAGGUGGACAAGACGUGGCUGUACUACGAGAUGGCUCCCUACAAGUACAACACGUACACCGAGAUGGAGGAGAUCAUGCACGACUACGGGCGUGGUCUGGUGCAAUUGGGGCUGGAGCCAGGCAACAAGGACCGUCUCCACAUCUUCGCCGCCACCUCCCACAAGUGGAUGAAAACGUUUCUAGCCGCGCAAUCGCAAGGUAUCCCUGUGGUCACUGCAUACGACACCUUGGGCGAGAAGGGUCUGAUCCACUCCAUGGUGCAGACCGAGACCAAGGCCGUCUUCACCGACAACGCUCUGCUGCACCGUCUGGUGAACCCUGUCCAGACCGCCAAGUCUCUGAAGUACAUCAUCCACGGCGACAAUCUCGAUCCCAACGACAAGCGCAACGGCGGUAAGUUCUACUCCCAAGCCGAGGCUGCAAUCAAGAAGUUGCGUGAGGUUCGUCCAGACUUGGUGAUUCUUUCCUUCGAUGAGGUUAUUGCCAACGGUCGCGACGCCAAGGACACCAUCGAUGUCCACCCCCCCAAGCCAGACGACCUUUCUUGCAUCAUGUACACAUCUGGGUCCACUGGCGACCCUAAGGGUGUAGUCCUCAAGCAAUCCACUAUUCUUGCAGGUUUGGGAGGUGUCGCCACGGUCGUCAGCCGCGACACCAUCACCCCAGCCGACAGAGUCAUCGCGUUCUUGCCUCUAGCCCAUAUCUUCGAGUUGGCCUUCGAGCUCAUUACCUUUUACUGGGGUGCCACUCUGGGCUACGCUACCAUCAAGACGUUGUCAGACCUGUCCAUGCGUAACUGCCAGGGUGACAUGAAAGAGUUCCAGCCUACUAUCAUGGUUGGUGUCGCAGCGGUCUGGGAGACUGUGCGCAAGGGUAUUAUGGCUCAGGUCAGCAAGCUUCCCGGCUUCACUCAAAAGGUCUUCUGGGGUGCGUACUACGCGAAGCUCAAGAUGAAGAAAUACCACAUCCCCGGCGGCGACACCUUGGGUAACAUAAUUUUCAAGAAGGUCCGCCAGGCCACAGGAGGCUGUUUGAGGCUGAGUCUGAAUGGUGGUGGCCCCAUCAGUAGAGAUACUCAGGAAUUCAUCACCACCUUGUUGUGUCCUAUGUUGAUUGGAUACGGUCUCACGGAAACUGUUGCAAACUGUUGUAUUCUGGCGCCCGAGCAUUUCGAGUACGAGACCCAAGGUGAUCUGACAGGUGCCGUCACAGUUAAGUUAGUCGAGGUUGAGGAACUUGGCUAUUUCGCCAAGAACAACCAAGGUGAGGUAUGGAUCAAAGGCGAACCCGUCAUGCCUGAAUACUUUAAAAACGAAAAAGAAACCAAAGAUGCUUUCACUGAGGAUGGAUGGUUCAAAACCGGUGAUAUUGCAGAAUGGACUAGCAAGGGACAUUUGAAGAUUAUUGACCGUAAGAAGAACUUAGUCAAGACCUUAAACGGUGAAUAUAUCGCCCUUGAAAAGCUGGAGAGUGUUUACAGGUCCAACCCUUUGGUGCAAAACAUCUGUGUCUAUGCCGAUCAGACCAAGGUCAAGCCUAUUGCUAUUGUAGUGCCCAACGAAGGCCCUGUAGGGAAGCUUGCUAUCGAUCUGGGCCUCAUCAAAGAGACAAGCGAAUUGAGCAACGUGGUGCACGACAAAAAGUUGAGAAAAGCUGUUCUAGGCGAGUUGCUGAAGACCGGAAAAUCUCAGGGUUUGAACGGUAUUGAGCUCAUCUUGGGCGUUGCCAUGUUCGAUGAGGAAUGGACCCCCGAGAACGGGUACGUCACUUCCGCUCAAAAGCUUCAAAGAAAGAAGAUCUUGAAGGCUGUUGAGGACCAAGUUGAUGAGGUUUACUCUUCGAACUAA